UAACUUGUGGGCUCUUGGUGUUGCGGCCAAGACGCCAACCGGAUAUCGCCCGCAUAUUGGACGCCGUGGCCAGCUGCCGCCAGAACAGAAACGCAGGAACGAUUCGAAGGAACACAAGACUCAGCACCUUCCCGCUGGACACCGUCGUAGAACAGAACAUAGUAGAUAGCAUAGCCGCCGGUCGGUCUUCCUCUCGUCGCCGCCCAUCACUAUUUAUACGCCGCUUGGCAGUCAAGGUCGGAGGAACACUUCCACUCUCCCUUCAGGAACUCUCAUUCCAAUAGACGGAAUCAGCGCUCAGGUCAUGUCGGCACCCGCACUUGACCUGCCUCCCCACUGGGUCGCUCAGUGGGACCCCACGUACGAGAGGAACUUCUAUGUUGACACACAGACAGGCCAUUCCCAGUGGGAACCGCCAGUCAUGCCCACAACGACCACCACCGUCCAGUCUCAGUGGGAAGGGCCAGUCCUGCCCACGACGACGAGCACUGUGCAGAGCCUCCCCCGCGGCCGGGCCCCAACCUCCUCCGGCAAGCAGCCCGCCACCCACAACGACGACGACGUAACCGACCCGUUCGCCGACGAAAACAGCCCUAACGAAAACGACCACUCCGUCGAGCCCUACGAACUCCCCGCCUCCUCCUCCUCCUCCGAGGACCCCGCCUCCUUCCUCGCAGCAACCGAGAUCGUCUCAGAAGACGAAGUCCUCGCCCGCAAACUCGCUCAAGAGGAAGAAGACGCCGCCUUUGCCCGCCGCCUACAAAGUGAAGAAGACACCCGUGUCGCCGCCCGCACCGCCGAGCAUCAGUGGAGACAGCAACAACACCAUCUCGCACAACGGAAGGGAUACCCCAUGGGCAUGCGCCCGAACUACGCUCCUGGCGGCUAUCCUACGCUCCAGCCCGUUCCACCUGCGCCCCAAAUCCCCGGCCACCAGGUGCUCUACUACGUGCCUGUCUACGCACCGCAGCGGCCGCACCCAUCAUUCAUGCACCCCACCGGUAACGGCUCACCCUUUAAUGGCGUGGGUGCGAUCUAUGCCCAGGAUCAAGCCCUCACGGACGCACGCAAUUCGAUGGACACUCCUGCCCCGCUAAAGAAGAAGAAGACGUGGUUGGGCAAAGUCUUUAGGAAAAACAGUAGAAACGAAGACCAUACCAAUUCCCUGACACCAAUGCAGCAGGGAUACCAUCAAUCAACACCCAACCUUCUCAUCAACACCGACGUCCCUGACACUCAACGCUUCAACAAUCAUGGAGCACCGUCUCCCGUCGCCUCGGCAUCACCCACUUCCCUUGGAACCCCGCCUAUCUCACCGCUUGCGUCCCCGCUGCCUAACCACGCCUCGUCGGGUUACUUGCCCCCGCUAUUGCCGUCGAAUGUGCCGUUGAUCCCGACGCCGGUGGAGCAUGGCGCGGCGGGGACGGCCAGGGCGUAAGUGGGAUGCCGGUGGGGGCCGGAAUGCGGAGAGCGAUGGUGGCCCGAAUGCGGCAAUACUCCGUCGGGUUCAAGCGAUUGGACGGACAGCAGUAUCGGAGCCUAUGGGUGAACGACAUUUUCCUGGCGUAGUCUCACGGCGUACGGCUCAUAGACAAUCAUCUUUGUUACCCCGACA